CUCGGCUGGACCAGAGGCUUUCAGCUGCUGGAGCUAGUACAAUGUCUGAUGCAAUGAGCAAAUACAUCCUGGAGGAUGAUGAAAUCGAAUGCGUCUACCCGGACAUAGGGCACUGCCCCAUCAGGUGCAUGUCUCGAAGCUACGCCCACCUGUUUAUGCGCUUCCAAAAUCUGGAGGAGUCCAUAAGAGAGAUGAGGCGUACCCUCGACACGGUGCUGGACUACGUCAUCCGCGGCGUCAAGUCCAGCAGCUCCUCCGAUUCCGAUAAAGCCCGCGACAAGAAGAAAACCAAGAAGAAGGGGAAGAAAUCCCGCGGCGGCUCCCGAUCCGGAAGCGACGUCAUCGAUCAAGACCUGCUCGACGUCCAAGCCACCCUCGAGAGGGAUUUCUCUCAGCUCCUGACUUGGAAGAACUCGGAUGACGAGGGAGGCAAGCCGAAGAAGCCGAGGCGCUGCGAGGUGAUCCAUGCCUACCUGAAGACCGGUAUUUCCAGCGACGAAGGUGACAGUUGCGAGCAAGAGUCGAGCGGGGAUGAACACAUUCACGCUACGGCCGAAAUCAUAGUCACCGCGGAUGUAGCGGAACUGCAGGCUCAGUCGAAUGACGAAAAUGGCGGCCAAUCUGCCGAGGAAGAAGAAAACGACGAGCCCGAUUACACCUUGGAUUUUCUCGCUCUCUACAACGAGAACAACGAGAUGAACGAGGUGGAUUAAAUUCUUGAUGUUGUCUGACAUCCCCCAGCUGCUAGAGUUGGGAGAUGCCCAAUACGUGUCAAUUACUGUCACUUACUCUCGUCUUGAUAACUACGUGUAGUAACUACGUCGAGUCUAAGUUGUUCUACAGGGAUUUUAGUUUUUAGAUGCAGAUGGUUCGGAAAGUAUUGUUAAGAAAAAUACUAAUUAUUCUUUUAUUUAAAUUUAGCGUGAAAUUGAUGAGGCUGAAUAUUAGGAACGAUAUUUAAAUUUUUCGAAGGGUCCACGAUAUAGGGUAAAGUUAUACACUUAUGUAAGGAAAGCGAAACGGAAUUGUGUUUAAAAUUGUAUAUUUGAUUUUUUACUAUAUAACUUAUAAAUUAGAUUCAUUUAUAUUUACAUUUAUUCAUUGUAAUGGUAAAUUUUUUACCUAACUUUCAAAGUCUAA